CCAAUGCCUUCAUGAUGUUAAAAAGUUGCAUGUUUACACGUGUCGUGGACUCGUGGGCCUUUUGCCCGAGUGAAACGUGUCGCUUGGGUAGAUAUGAGAUGAUUCCAGCCCUAAUUUAAGCCUUAAGGGAGUCCCGUUAUACUCUGGUCCUUCCUCCCCAAGUAAAUGGACCCAAUUACAGUUUUGGGAGCCUAUUGAUUGUGGCCCAGGCUUAAAAGUCGGUCGAGAGCUACACACUGCACCUCUUUAACACGGACGCCACAACUUCAGAUUCGUUUGAGCAGAGCUUCCCUACCUCUUCCUCACAUGGCUACCACACUCCAGGUUCACAAAUCAGGCCAUCGCUGCUAGGAGCUGAGCCCCGACAUCACGGCAUCUCCCUGUUCUCCCGUCGGCUCCUGUUCUGCCAACGAUUUGAAGAUACACAAUGUCACGUAAUGGCAGUGGUGAUGAUAUUUCAGACUCUGCAAGUGAUGAAGAUGAUGAGUCUGGGGCCCUACUAUUAAUGACUACAAGUGUUUUAGUUGACGUCGAAAAAAUUCCAUGUCGAACGUCUAUACUCACAGGUAACGCUUAUAUCGAUGAGUUAAUGACAGGUCAUCCACUAAGAUGCUAUGAAAAUUUUAGGAUGAAGCCACAUGUAUUCCUGCAUUUAUGUGAAAGGCUUAAGAAUUUGGAUGUUCUACACGAUUCAAGAUAUUUAAGGGCUGGAGAGCAAUUAGGAAUAGGCCUUUUAGUGUUAUGCCUAGGGGUGGGGCAACAUACAUGUGCAGAGCGUUUUCAGCAUUCAAUGCGAACUGUUCACUUAUGUGUGAAGCGUGUGGUGAGAGCACUUGCACGAUUGGCCAAAGAAGUUAUAAAGCCGAUUAAUAGGGGCCCUGUUCAACCGGAAAUUAUAGAAAAACCGAAAUGGUAUCUUUAUUUUGAGAAAUGUGUUGGUGCCAUUGAUGGUACUCAUGUAGCAGCCUCAGCACCCGCUUCCAAACAAAAGACAUUUCGCGGUAGACAUUCAACGGUCACUCAAAAUGUCAUGGCAGCUUGUAGUCAUGACAUGUUGUUUACGUAUGUAUACGCGGGUUGGGAGGGAACGUGCAAUGACUCUCGAGUAUUUUUAGAUGCAAUUACAAGAAGCGAAAAUGGUUUGCCCAUGCCUCCUAGCGGUUAUUACUAUGUGGUUGAUGCUGGCUAUCCAAAUGUUCCGGGUUUAGCCCCAUACCGUGGAGAGAGUUAUCACUUAAAGGAUUUUCGAGGACGAGGACGAAUACGCAAUAAACAAGCUUUAUUUAACUACGGACACUCGUCCGUACAUAAUGUGAUUGAGAGGUGUUUUGGAGUACUAAAGGAAAGAUUUCCCAUUCUAGACAUUUCACGUGGCUACCCAUUGAGAAGACAAGUUCAAAUUCCCAUAGCUUGUUGCGCUUUGCAUAACUUCAUUCGCAUGCAAGAUAGGAACAAUGAUUUGUUCUUGGAGUACGAGGAAGAUGAUAUGAUAUUUAACACGGAGGCAAGUACAAGUGAAAAUUGACCACUCGAAUUUGAUAUGUCUCAACAACAACAAAUGCACAAAAUUCGAGAAAGUAUUGCAAAUGCAAUAUGGGAUGAUUAUAAUGUUUGAGAUGUCGAAGUACAAUUGUUGUUCUCAUUAACAUGUCACUUAUUGAACUUUCAAUGUUGGGGAACAGUUAUAUCAAUUUUUUUUUGUUAUUUCAAAUGUUUGUAAAUGUGC